AUGGUUGAUUAUUUUAUAUACGCAAAAGAUUGCUCAGAUUCGAUGAAUAGAACCGAGUAUUACUACAGCAACAAUUUGAAGACUCUUGAACAAUUCAAAUAUGACGUCGAAAGGAUCAAAGAACAAUCGGUUGCCCAAGAGCCUGCAAGACAAUUUAAAAUUCUAUAUUUGCUCUGGAGCGACGUCUGUCGGGAGGUCAAUGAAGAUGAGGUUGAUCUGAAGAAUUAUAUAAGUUGUGGCGUGUCAGGACUAUCAAACAUCUAUAUUUGUGAACGGAGAGAUCCAGGAUGUCUUAUACGGUACCUUCGAAAAAACUAUAUUACUUGUGAAAAUGACCGAAUCAAAUUACUGCACAUCGUCACAAACGGCAUGAUUAGCCGGAAAACUAUAGACGAAUGUAUAGAAUUGAAUAAAGGAAUAGAUUAUGAAACGCUUGUUUUCCAUGCAUUCGAAGAAUACCCGGAAAGAAUUGACCUUUCAGUAGCUGUACCUUUUUUCAAGAGCCGUUGCAACGUUUAUUACAAUAAUGAACUUUAUGACAGCACUGAUAUUUCCAAGGAGUUUGAUUAUGACAAAAUUAAUAUUGACAACUUUGCAGUUGAAAUGCAACAACUCAAGUCUUAUAUUAAGUUGAAGUUCAUCAAUAAAUUCAAACAAGACGCUGAUGUUUUGCAAGAAAUUGAAAAAUUGCAAAACUUAAGAACUCGAAUGCAGAGAGAGUUAUCAGAUAAUACGCCGAAAUGUCCAUUUUUUGAUCGAAUGGAAGAAAAAGAAAGAAAAAUAUUAAUGCGUACAUUUGACAUGGAUAAGUAUAAAAGUUAUAUGUUUAUGGCAUAUUGUAUGAGGACUGACGUUGACAAAUAUGUUGCAGUUAUGGUUGACUACAUCAAGGAUAGAAGUAAAUCCUGCUCGUUUGACGUCUUGAAGUUCGGCUCGAAAGUCAGCGAGUCUGUUAAAGAAAAUCAGAUCUAUGAUGAUGAUGAUGAUUCUACAGAUGAUGAAGGAAUUAAAUUAGUCCCGAUAGAAGAUGAAGAAAGUAUUCUUGACGACUUAUUUUUUCGACAACAGUUCGACAACGUUUGA